GUGAACAGGACAAAUUUAAUUAGCAAGCAGUUGCGGCUACACUUAGCACUACUACUAUAACAAUAUAAAUUAGGUUUAAUAGUGUAACAGUUACACCUAAACUGAGAAUUACUGUUCGUAAACUACAGAUUCAUUCCAUGAUGGCGGAGCUGUAAAAUCACUGACAUAUAUGUGUUAAAUGCGCUGCUUUUAUAGCAGGACUCGUUUAGGAAAAGCUGAUUUAUGCUAAACCGGUGAUCAUGGCUUCAGUAAUUCUGACAACUCAAAUCAACACAACUAUAAACAAACAUCUACUGAAACUGAUCUGGACCAAAGGAUCUGUCAGACAUGCUACACUGGGCAGGAUUGAGAAAGUCCUCAUUGCAAACAGAGGUGAGAUAGCUUGCAGGGUGAUUCGGACAGCUAAGAAAAUGGGCGUUCGCUCUGUUGCAGUGUACAGUGAUGCAGACAGACAUUCCAUGCAUGUGGCCAUGGCAGAUGAGGCGUAUCAUAUUGGACUUGCAGCGUCACAGCAAAGUUACCUGUGCAUGAACAAGAUCCUGGAUGUGGCUAAGAAAUCCUCUGCACAAGCGGUGCAUCCUGGAUACGGUUUCCUGUCUGAAAACACAGAGUUUGCUGAACUGUGCAAACAGGAGGGCAUCAUCUUCAUCGGCCCACCUUCAUCUGCCAUUCGCGACAUGGGAAUCAAGAGCACAUCUAAACACAUUAUGUCAGCUGCUGGCGUGCCUAUCAUUGAGGGUUACCAUGGAGAGGACCAAUCAGAUGAGAAGCUUCAAAGCGAGGCAGCGAGGAUUGGUUACCCUGUGAUGAUCAAAGCUGUUCGUGGUGGCGGUGGGAAAGGAAUGAGAAUUGCACACACUGAAGCAGAUUUCCAUGAACAGCUUGAGUCUGCAAGGAGAGAGGCCCGCAAAUCAUUCAAUGAUGAUGUCAUGCUGAUAGAGAAGUUUGUGGAGAACCCCAGACACGUGGAGGUGCAGGUGUUUGGUGAUCAGUAUGGUAAUGCAGUAUAUCUCUUUGAGAGAGACUGUAGUGUUCAGAGACGACACCAGAAGAUCAUAGAAGAAGCUCCAGGGCCAGACAUUGGUCCUGAGGUCAGGCGGCGACUCGGGGAGGCAGCAGUGCGGGCGGCUAAAGCCGUCAACUAUGUGGGAGCAGGCACAGUGGAAUUCAUCAUGGACGCGCAGCACAAUUUCUACUUCAUGGAGAUGAACACACGACUGCAGGUGGAGCAUCCAGUGUCCGAGAUGAUCACAGGAACUGAUCUGGUGGAGUGGCAGCUGAGGGUGGCAGCGGGCGAGAGGUUGCCCCUUACUCAGGAGCAGAUUGUGUUGAGGGGUCACUCUUUUGAAGCCAGAAUUUAUGCUGAAGACCCCAGUAAUAACUUCCUCCCCGGAGCAGGACCACUGCUUCAUCUGUCCACCCCUCAGGGAGAUCAGAGCACACGAAUCGAGACAGGGGUUCGAGAAGGCGAUGAGGUGUCUGCUCACUAUGACCCAAUGAUUGCUAAACUGGUGGUUUGGGGUGAAGAUCGCUCCGCUGCUCUAAAGAGACUCCGAUACUGCCUACGACAGUAUAAUAUUGUGGGUCUCAACACCAACAUUGAGUUUUUAUUGAGUCUUUCGGGGCAUCCCGAGUUUGAAGCGGGGAAUGUUCACACCAGUUUCAUCCCGCAGCACUAUGAUGAGCUGUUCCCCGCACCUCAGAGCCCGUCUGGAGAGGUGCUGUGUCAGGCGGCUCUGGGUCUGCUGCUACAAGAACAACAGCACACACAGAAGUACAGGAACCAGUCCAACGACGUGUACUCGCCAUUUGCGUCCAGUAACGGGAGACGACUCAAUGUUGUGCACUGCAGGAACCUGACACUGCGGCGAGGGGACAACAAAGUGGCACUAGCUGUUACAUACCACCCAGAUGGGACGUACAGUAUGGAGACUGGAGGUGAAGUGUUCCAUGUGUCUGGAGGGCUUCAGUUGGAGGGAGACGUGACCUACCUGCGCUGCUCUGUCAAUGGAGUACUAUCCCGACCCAAACUAGUCAUUCUGGACAACACCAUACACAUCUUCUCUAUGGAGGGACAUGCCCAGGUGGACAUCCCUGUGCCCAAGUUCCUGGCUGGCGUUACUGCCUCCAGUGCACAGAGGGGCGCUGUUGCACCCAUGACAGGCACUAUUGAAAAGGUGCUAAUCAAGGUUGGAGACUUAGUCCAGAAAGGAGAUCCAUUAAUGGUGAUGAAUGCCAUGAAAAUGGAGCACACCAUCCGUGCACCCAAAGCAGGCAUCAUCAAGAAGGUGUUCUUCAAAGAGGGCUCACAGGCGAACCGCCAUGCAGCGCUGGUAGAGAUGGAGGAAGAUGAAGGAGCUGGAGCAGAGUAACCCAGUGUGACAGUAAAAAUGAUGGGCUAACACUCUGAAUUUGGACCAUCGGCAAGUUACUGCUCGUUACGAGAUCUUGAAGAAGCACUACACAUUAGUUUGGGAGACCUCAUGGUUUGACUUGUGAAACUCCAAACUUUUGCCUUUGAAAUGAAAUUUAGGCUAGUAAUUCCACCUUUAUGGCUUAUCUAAGAACACAAGAAGUACCUACUGUCUUGUGUAACUUUCUCCCAAAUAUCUUUGUAUUAUUUCUUUGUUUCUGUUUCCAUGGUUCUUUCGUUCCAGUAAUGGGUUUGCCUCAUUUUCCUGGAUGUCCACUUUUUUAAAUACAUUUUCCACUUUCCCGGUUAACCACAGGGUGACUGUGGACUUGCACUCCAUCUCCCACUUUUAAGUGUACAAGGAUUUCCAUUUCAACAAAAUCAACCCACUCAACUGUGACAUGGUUGUUCACUCAAGCUACAAUUAUUUUUUAACACAAGUUAGAAUACAGAAAACUUUGAUCAGUUUAACAAGACUAAUCUUGUUCUGUAGGUAUAAUGCACAAUUUCAAACAUUUGUUGAAGGUGCCAUACUUAUCAAAAUGAAAAUCUUUUUCUAGAAGCAUUUUAUUGUUUGUGUGAUAAGGUGCAUUGAUUCUGGUUUGACUACUGAAGGAAACCUCAUAUCUCAGAUCCUUUGUAACCAUGAUCAUUAAAGGAUAGUGGUUUUUUUCUAUGCAGUUCUGUGUUUUCAAAUCAUAAUGAACUAAUUUAUAAAUGUGGCAAAAUAUUUAGAGUUCCUAUACUUUCCCUUUCUUGUGCUGUCACUGUUUGCAACAAAAUCUGAUGAUUUAAGUAAUCCCUUCAAAUCCUGUAAGCAUAGUUUUUAAUAAAUUUUUUUCCCCCUCGGUAAGAACAGGGUCCCCACUGCUUUCCAGGCCUGGUUAAAACAGUUUUCGAUCAUCUCUAGAGCUACUGUAACAGGCCUUCUAAUGUUCCACCCAUCAAUAUUACUGCUCAUUUGAAUAAUACUUCUUGUGCAAGGUUGGGCAACUCUUAAAUGUGCAUUCAGUGGUAUCU